CAAGUUCAGACACCGUGUCUUAGUGGCCAAACGCACGUACCGUGGAAGGUGGGGUAGUUCUGGGCUCGGGGUGGGAAGCGGUUGUACCACGCGGCCACUCGCGCAUGUCACGCCGGAGCCCCCCCCUCCCCCAGGCGGGGAGCGCUGGCAGCAGAGUCGCGGUGAUCACAGCAGCGCCAGGAACAAACAUGGAUUCACUAGUGGAGCAGUGAAAGAGCUUCUUUUGGGGGGAGGGAAGGGAAAAGGCGUUUAGGGUGUUCUCUCACACGCUUUCCAGCUCGAAACCAGAGGCUUUUGGGGCUUUUUUUGGGGGGUGGGGGGGCAGCCAUGGUGGAGCUGGAGAAGGAGGUGCUGCCGCUGCCGCCGCGGUACCGGUUCCGAGACCUGUUGCUUGGGGACUGGCAGGCGGACGACAGAGUGCAGGUAGAGUUCUAUGUGAACGAGAACACGUUCAAGGAACGCCUAAAGCUGUUCUUCAUCAAAAACCAAAGAUCCAGUUUGAGAGUGCGCCUCUUCAACUUCUUCCUGAAGGUGGUGAGCUGCCUGCUCUACAUCGUCCGAGUGCUGCUGGACGACCCACAUGAGCAGAAAGACUGCCCCGGCUGUCUCAGACAGAACGCCUCUGCGCAGAACAAAAGCCACUUUGACUGGUCCCUCAUUAUCUGGGUGAACAGACCUUUGCCGCUUUGGGCACUACAGGUGCUUGUGGCCUUCAUCAGCUUUUCGGAAACCAUGUUGCUGGUGUACCUCAGCUACAAAGGCAACGUGUGGGAGCAAGUAUUGCGUGUCCCGUUCAUCCUGGAGAUGAUCAGUGCGGUUCCCUUCGUUAUCACUGUGAUUUUGCCCUCUCUCCGAAACCUCUUCAUCCCUGUCUUUCUGAACUGCUGGCUGGCCAAACAUGCUCUGGAGAACAUGAUUAAUGACCUGCACAGAGCCAUCCAGCGCACCCACUCAGCCAUGUUCAACCAGGUGCUCAUCCUCAUCAGCACCCUUCUCUGCCUCAUCUUCACCUGUAUCUGCGGUAUUCAGCACCUGGAGCGAGCAGGGAAUAAUCUGACCCUGUUUGACUCGCUUUAUUUCUGUGUGGUCACUUUCUCCACUGUGGGAUUUGGAGACGUCACGCCGAAGAUUUGGCCUUCACAGCUUCUGGUGGUCAUCAUGAUCUGCGUAGCGCUCAUUGUGCUGCCCAUUCAGUUUGAGCAGCUGGCCUUCCUGUGGAUGGAGAGACAGAAGUCUGGAGGAAACUACAGCCGCUACAGAGCACAAACCGAAAAGCACGUGGUACUGUGUGUGAGCUGCCUGAAGAUUGACCUCCUCAUGGACUUCCUCAAUGAGUUCUUCGCCCAUCCUAGACUGCAGGACUACUACGUGGUGAUCCUGUGCCCAGCAGAGAUAGAUGUCCAGGUGCGGAGGGUCCUACACAUCCCACUGUGGGCUCAGAGGGUCAUCUACUUGCAGGGCUCCGCCCUUAAAGACCAGGACCUGAUGAGGGCUAAAAUGGAUGAUGCAGAAGCGUGCUUUAUCCUGAGUAACCGGUUUGAAGUGGACCGCCUGGCCGCUGAUCAUCAGACUAUCCUCCGGGCCUGGGCAGUGAAGGAUUUUGCUCCAAACUGUCCUCUCUAUGUCCAGAUUCUCAAACCUGAGAAUAAGUUUCAUGUCAAGUUUGCAGAUCAUGUAGUGUGUGAAGAAGAGUUUAAAUACGCCAUGCUAGCCCUCAACUGUGUGUGCCCAGGGACAUCCACCCUGAUAACCUUACUGAUUCAUUCCUCCAGAGGACAAACAGCACCUUCAGAAUCCUUCAGGCAGCGAGGGGGGGCUUUCCAGCCCCUCAGCAGGGAAGGUGGCGCAAACUCAGCCGAACAAUGGCAGCGCACCUAUCGCCGCUGCUCGGCCAAUGAGGUGCACCACAUCCGGCUGGAGGAGAGCAAGUUUUUCGGGGAGUACCAGGGCAAGAGUUUUACCUUCGCCUCAUUCCACGCACACAAGAAGUAUGGUGUGUGUCUUAUUGGCGUACGGAGACUGGACACAGCGAAUAUUCUGCUGAACCCCGGGCCCUGCCACAUCAUGAGCGCCUCAGACACCUGCUUCUACAUCAACAUUUCCAAAGAGGAAAACUCUGCCUUCGUCCGGGGCCACAGAGAGCCUAACCGGGGCCCGGGGGGCGACUCAAGGGGUGUCCCACAGACCAUCUACCACGGACUGACACGCCUGCCUGUACACAGCAUCAUCGCCAGCAUGGGCACGGUGGCUAUAGACCUGCAUGACUCCAGUGACAGCAGUCCAGAGGGCUCAGGGCCGACAGGUGUUGGCGGUGUCAGUGGUGGGCGUGGUGGGGGCCGGGCUGAAGCGGGUGUGAGUAACACCCUUUCGCUGCCCACAGUGGGCGAUUCGGCAGAGGAGAGGAGGCACAGCAUUGCCCCUGUGCUAGAGCUAGUGGACGGGGUCAGCCCCACCUUUGACCUGCUGGGGGACCAGUCUGAGGACGAGGGUGGAGAGGAGGGAAAAGAGGAGGAGGAGGAUGAAGGAGCAGAGCAGAAAGGCCAGUGGUGGGGAGCGCAAUGCGAGUGGGUAAAGGGCUACCCACUGAACUCUCCAUACAUCGGGAGUUCUCCUGCACUUUGCCACCUCCUGCAGGAGAAGAUGCCUUUUUGCUGCCUCCGCCUUGAUAAGGCAUGCCACCACAUGCCGUAUGAGGACGCCCGCUCUUAUGGCUUUAAAAACAAGCUCAUUAUUGUGUCGGCUGAGAGUGCAGGCAAUGGCCUAUACAACUUCAUCGUGCCUCUGCGAGCCUAUUACAGACCCAGGAAGGAGCUGAACCCCAUUGUGCUGCUGCUGGAGAGCAUCCCUGAAGCAGACUUCCUGGAGGCUAUCUGCUGGUUCCCUAUGGUCUUCUACACUGUGGGCUCCAUUGACAAUUUGGACAGUCUCCUGCGCUGUGGGGUGACGUUUGCAGACACCAUGGUGGUGGUCGAUAAGGAAAGCUCUAUGAUCGCGGAGGAGGACUACAUGGCUGAUGCCAAAACCAUUGUGAACGUACAGACCUUGUUCAGGCUUUUUCCAGCUCUUAGUAUAAUUACAGAACUCACCCACCCUGCCAACAUGCGGUUCAUGCAGUUCAGAGUGAAAGAUCACUACUCCCUCGCCCUGUCCAAACUCGAGAAGGUCCUGCAGAAGGAGCGAGAGAGGGGCUCCAACCUGGUCUUCAUGUUCCGAUUACCCUUUGCCGCUGGGAAGGUGUUCAGUGUCAGUAUGCUAGACACUCUGCUAUAUCAGUCCUUUGUGAAAGACUACAUGAUCUCCAUUACCAGACUGUUGCUGGGACUGGAUUCCAUGCCUGGGUCUGGUUUCCUCUGUGCCAUGAAGAUCACAGAAGAAGACUUGUGGAUCCGCACCUACGGCCGGCUCUACCAGAAGCUCUGCUCGUCCACGGGAGACAUCCCCAUAGGCAUCUACCGCACAGAGGCUCAUAAGCUGCCUGUAUCUGAGUCGCAGGUGUCCAUCACAGUGGAGGACUAUGAGGACACGCGGGAGCCCCGGGAGCCUCUGCUGUGUCGUUCCGGCCCCCACCGUAACUCCACCUCCUCUGAGCCGCCUUCCUCGUCCUCCUCCCAUGCUUCUGACCACCCGCUGCUCAGAAGGAAGAGCAUGCAGUGGGCACGGCGGCUCAGCCGUAAGGGGGGCCGGGGUCCAAGCGGAGCCAAAGGUCCGGGCAGUGCCGCCGAACGCAUCAGCCAACAGAGGCUCAGUCUUUUCCGCCGGUCUGAGAGACAAGAGCUCAAUGCCCUUGUCCGCACACGCAUGAAGCACCUCGGCCUGUCGCCAUCUGGAUUCAAUGGGAUGACAGACCAAGGCAACAGACUCUCCUACAUCCUCAUCAACCCCUCCCCUGACACACGACUCGAGCUGCAUGACGUUGUGUAUCUGAUUAGGCCUGAUCCUCUGUCUCUGAUGCCCAACCAGGGCAGUGGCCGCAAGCCCAGCGCGGGCAGACCGGAGGGUCACAGGUUUGAUACGCAGGACAGCACCCACCUGUGACCAGACACCAGCACAAAUACACAACUACAUCACGGCCUGGGAGAGUGUGUGCAUGAGAGAGAGAGAGAGAGAGAGAGAGAGAGACCCAAAAAGAAAGGACUGUGAAUUACAAACCUAGUGAGUUGCUGACAACUGUUUCUUUUCUAUCUUGAGGCCUGUCAAAUGCAUGGACCUUUUACGAUCUCAUUUACAUUUUAUUUAUUUUUGCAUCAGUUUGUUUGUUUUUGUUUUGAUGCAAGGGAGCUGUGGCCACAUAAGUGCAUUUAAAUAAAUCUGUACUUUGUAUUAGUCUUUGUGCAUGUGAAUGUAUGUUAAAUAUCCAACACUGCCAAUCUUAACCUGGACUGCCAAAGGAACACAUUGUCAAAUGUAUGUUGAGGGCGAAAUUUAUCUUCUGUCUCUCUGUGUGUUGUGAGCAGUCCAUGUCCGUUAGCUGCUCUGUGGAUCGUCAAUCUGGAAUUCAUUUUUGCCCGUUUUACAUUGUCUUGGAUCAGCCUGUGGCAGGAGCUAUCAAAUGUUUCAUAAGCAUUUGAUACUGGUUGACUUCUUCAGCUCCCUGUGGACUGUAUCUGAGCUUGCCAACAGCACAGAAGGCCAAACAUGAGCUUAUUAACUGGGCACUGGACCAAUUGAGUGAACUUCAAUCUUUUCCCCUCACGUUAGACAGCAUCUGUUCUGCCAUUCUCAGAGGAGACUGUUGCAACAAGCCUUCUGUGUCGUUAAUGACAUUUUUUGACAUUGCAGUCACCAAACAAACUGCAUCGUUUUUGUGUAAUGGUCAACGUUUUUCGAUGUUUGCAUUGAUGAGGAUUGUUUGUUUUCCCCACUUGGGACGUUCAUGCAGUUUCUUAGCCUGUUGUUUUUGUCCUCUGUCAGUUUGAGUAUAUUGUUGGCAUGCAUGUGGAGGAGCCUGCAUGCAGAUGCAGGGUUUUAAAGGACGUCGGACUAGCCAUACAAACUGACCGCUUCGUGCUCCUGCUGCACUGGGCUACUGCUGCCUUCAUUCAGUGCCAUUCACACACAGAAGCAUUAUGUACAGAAUAAAGUGAUUAAAACAAAAUGCGUUGUCUUG